GAUUCAGGGUCAACAAAAUUCUGCCGUCCAUGGUCUGGGCGAGCCAAUGAUUUGAGUGGAUAUUUUCCUACGAAUGCCUUUUAUUUCUAUGACACUUGGCUAAUAUUGUUCAAGAGCUAAUGCUGAGGCAUUAGAUUGUUAUUCAAUUGAUUGUGUUCGUUGUUUUUCCACUGUCAAAGAGCAUUGAACGAGUCUCCAUCUCUGCUGCUGCUCACUCAACUGAUCAUGUCGGGGACAAAUGUGUGGACUCGCAGUCGGGAGAGGAUGAGACGGUUCCCAGAGCUGUUUGCCCAGUGUUCUGGUGAGGCUGCAGCUUAUGGGAAGUGUGUGACAGCUACUACCACAGGCAGACAGGAGUUGAGAAAGGACCUGUGUGGUAAAGAGUUUGAUGCUCUGAAGACUUGCUUCGUUACAGCAGCCAAGAAGGGAGUGAAGUAGACCAUUCUGCCCAACACAUCUCUGCUGGACAUCAACGGGUGUAUUCACUAGGAACUAAACGGAAGGAAACAGGAGGGGCCUACCUGAAUUUGUUCAAUAGAAACUCUCAAUUACAUUGUAAAACAUUUUCGGUUUGCAUCUGUUUGCACUAAUGAUUACACCCCAGGCAGUGGACCUAAUGUCCCCGUUGUUCCACGAACAUCAAGCAGAACUGUAUCAGUAAUGCAAUGGCAGGUGCUGAAAGAUAUCUUGACUAGUCCCACAAGCAUAUGUUUGACCUGUUGUUGGUCCCAGAGGUAAUGCUAGCAUGGUGUUUCUACUCUUCAAUAGUGCGUCAAGGUCAUACCGUUUGACUAUGUAAUAACAUGUAGCCCACCACCGAAGACUUGCAGGACUGUGUAUUUAUAAUGUAAUGUAUAAAUAUGUGAAUUGGUAUAGGGGGCUCUUUGGUUAAUGUACACAACACACAUUGACAACCAACAUUUCAUAUUUUGACAUUUUCAUGGAUAUGAGUCGACCCAGAAUUAAAGAAGUUAUGA